UCGUCCAUUAAUAACUAGGCUACCAGAAGACUGAAGACAGGUUUCUUGAUAAAAAAAAAGAUAAAAAUCCUUCUACUUUCCAGAAGUUUCUUCAAUUUUCUAAAUUUCCCACUUUAUUUUCCAUUUUCUUCCUCUGAUUUCCAGGCUAAUUGUAGCAAGUUAAACAAUCUUUGUUACUAAAAAUGGCUAGUUUUAGCGAAGCACCAGCAGGAAACAAAGAUUCAGGAGCCAAGAUUUUCAGGACUAAAUGUGCUCAGUGCCACACCGUCGAAAAAGGCGCUGGUCAUAAGCAAGGUCCGAAUCUAAAUGGUCUUUUCGGUAGGCAGUCAGGCUCAGCUGCAGGAUAUUCUUACUCUUCUGCUAACAAGAAUAAGGCCGUUUUGUGGGGAGAAGAUACAUUGUACGACUACCUGCUGAACCCAAAGAAGUACAUUCCUGGAACAAAGAUGGUUUUCCCUGGUUUGAAGAAACCACAAGAUCGUGCAGACCUGAUCGCGUAUUUGAAAGAAGCUACUGCUGAAUAAUUGCGAAGUAUCCAUUUUCUUGCUGGAGAUAACAUCUAGAACUUCUCAUUCGCACGACUGCGCGAAAGGAGCUUGCAAUAAUUGUUUUUCAAAUAAAAUUCAGCAUGAUUCUUUGUUAUUUAGGCUAUAAACUUGGGUUAUUAUGGGUCUUUUGUUCUUCCUUCCAUAUUGCAAUUCUUUGCUGUUUAGGCUGAUCAAUGAAGCAUUGUCUUUGGACCGAAGUUAAUUGAUGAAUAAGAACUUUGUAUUAUUUCUACUGAUAAAUGAUGUUUAUUUUGUGGGAGAUACAGUUUCUCAUUGUCAUUAAAUAUGAACUUGUAGCUCAAUUUCAUCUGCUCA